AUGAAGAGAGUUGGGAUAUAGGAUGAAAGCGAGUAUUAAGAGUCUUUGCUCGGCCAUGAGAAUUUCAAGGAAUGCAAUUUUUUAUUCACCAACAUUACACCAUUGAUUGAACUAAUAAAUAGGAAAUCGGAUCAACUUGAGAAUUCAGAUUUGCAAUACUUUUUAGAGCCUAAUCUAAAACCUCAAAAGGCAAUAGAUCUAGUUGAGAGGUAUACAAUAAUUGAAUAGUAGGAUAUAAUUGAACGAGUUAGAGAGGAGAAAAAAGAAUAAUAUUAGUCUGGAGAGGGAAUAUCAAACUCCUACCUUUUAUAUAUUUAAAUCCUUGUUUCUGGGGAAAUUCAUAUUUAUAGGAUUGCUAAAUUUUAUGGACAAAGCAAUACAAAUCGGAUCGGUGUACUUAUUAGAUUAAGUCACUGAUUCGAUCAAGGACUAUAACAACCCCGAGGAGGAGCACAAAAUUUUGAAACCCAUUUUGUUAUUGUUGACAAUGACAAUUGUCUAUACAUUUGGAACUUACUUGGAGUCAAUUUCGAACAAUUAUUAAAACUAAUUUACAACAUUAUUAAAAAUAGUUGGGCAAUAUCUGAUAUAUUAAAAGGCUUUAAGAACAAAGUACCUUUAGGAAACAGUGCAAAAAGAAAUGAAGGAUAAAAAGGAUGGAGAUGAGGAGUACGUCGCCAACGUAAACAAUUUGUUGACAGUCGAUAUCGAAGAACUCUCUGGUAUAUAUUGGGGUGUUUUUGGAUGUAAUUAUACUUAUAAUACUUUCUUAGUAUCCUCAUCUUUGGUGACUAUCAGCAUAGCCUUGUAUAUGUUGUACCUUAAGUUAGGGAAUGCUGUUUGGUCUGGUUUAAUAGUACUGGGCUGUGUAGUUAUUUUUAAUUCAAUAACAACUACUUUGACAAUUGUAAAUUAUUUAUCCAGUUUGUUUUUUAUAGAUGUUUUACAGAAAGGCUUUGAUCCAAAAGGAUAGCAGAUUAGCGUUGUCUUCAGAUGUCAUUGAGGGGAUGAAACAGAUAAAAUAUCUUUCAUGGGAACAGACUUUCAAUGAUAAAAUAUUGGCAAUAAGAGAAAAAGAAUUUGGAUAUAUUAGGUGGUAGAAAACAAUAGAUAUUAUAAAUAAUGUCCAAUGGAGUAGUAUCAGUUACAUAUUGCUCUACUUCUUCUUGUCCAGUUAUGUGAAAGAAAAUGGAGAGGAUGCAUUGAAAUCAACCAAUGUCUUCACAAUUAUAGCCUUAUUUAAUUUGUUGACAUUUCCAUUGGGAGUGAUUCCUUAUUCAAUUAAUUAACUGAUCAAUACGACUGUUUCCUACAAGCGUAUUAAAACUUAUUUAGACGUUAAGGAGAUCAACGAGGAAGAAAUAAUUAGAUAUAAAAAUUGUAUUGGAGAAGAAUAUGUAAUAGAGAUUCCUUAGAUUUAAUUCAAAUGGCCAACGAAGGAGAGUAAUUCAAAUGACAGUGAGACAUUCUAGUUGAAGUUGGAAGAACUGAAAAUAAAGAAGAAUACUCUCAAUAUGAUAAUUGGUAGGAUAGGAUGUGGGAAGACAGCUUUAUUGAAUGCCAUUUUAAAUGAGAUGGAGAUAAAAGAGUAGAGUCAAAGCAGUUUGAAAGUGAAAGGAAGCGUGGCUUAUGUUAGUUAAAACCAUUGGUUAUAGAACAUGUCGAUAAGAGAUAACAUUUUGUUUGGCAAACCUUAUGAUAAAUAAUUUUAUAAGCAAUGUAUAGCUGCGUGUGAUUUGAUGCCAGACUUACUUACAUUUCCCAAAAGAGAUCAAUAUAUUCUAGGACCAGAUGCUAAGAAUAUUAGUGGAGGGUAGAAGCAAAGAAUUUCAUUGUGCAGAGCCUUGUAUCAGAAUUGCGAUAUCUAUUUAAUGGAUGAUAUAUUCUCUUCAUUAGAUAUGCAUGUGGCUGACAAUGUGUUUAAUAAAGGAAUUAAAUAGAUGUUAUUGGAUUAAGGAAAGACCAUUUUGAUGAUCACUUCCUAAUUCAGAUUCAUUGAAAUGUACAAUAAAUGUAAUAUCAUAUACAUGAUUGACGGUUCAAUUUGCCAGGAUGAAUAACUAUUGAAUGAGUUUAUGUCUUAGGAGAAGGAGAAAUAACAUCAAUUAGAAUAGGAACAAUUAGAGAAGGAGGAGAAAGAAGAAAAGAAGAUGAUCCAUGAAAAAGUUAAAGCGAAAUAAUCACAAGAGAUUGAUUUAGAUUAAAUAGAUAAUAAUUUAACUGAAGGAGCAAAGAAAAACGAAGUAGAAGAUGAAGAAAGAGAAUCUGGUGAAAUUGCUGGAGAUACUGUCUUAUAUUAUAUAUCUUAAAUGGGAUACGCUUUGGUAAUAUUAGCUAUCUUACUAUCAAUUGUUUUGAUGUUGAGUAGAAAUUUGAUUGAUUUUUGGAUUAGAUCAUAGAUCAGUAUUGAUAAUCACACAUUUGACUUUUUUGAUGAUUGGUUUGGAACAUCAUUUAAUAGUAAAUUCUCUUGGCUGAUCACCAUCAUUGUGAUGAUUACAUUCGUAAGUGGUACCAUUAUGAAAAUUUGUAUCCUAUUAAGUGGUUGGAGAACAUUCAAAAGAUUGAAUCAAAGCAUUAUGAAUUCAAAAAUGAUAUUCUUUGAUAACAAUGCUUAAGGUAGAAUUAUCAAUAGGAUAUCCAAUGAUACUUUGGUUGUGGAUGAUGAAUUACCUUGGUAUGUUGAAGUCCUCAUCAUGUCAUUACUCGCAUGCAUAGGCUAUCCUAUCGGAAUCAUCAUUCUCUUUCCAUGGCUGAUUGUCAUUAUUAUCAUUGAACUCUUUGCAUUUAGAUGGCUGUAAAGAUACUUUAGAAAAAGUAAUCGAGAUCUUAAGAGAAUCCAAUCAACAAAUGAAGGCAAAGUGAUUUCCCAUCUCACUGAAACUACUGGAGGUUUAAGAACAAUAAGGGCUUUUGAGAAACAACAAUUUUUUAUUCAGGAAUACAUAGUGAAAUUGACUGAAUCUAUUUGCUCUUUGGUAAAUAGCAGAAGAGUUAGUUACUGGUUAUCUGUAAGAUUACACUUAUUAAGUAACUUGAUCUUCUUAUCUGUUUCAAUCACCAUCAUUUUAAUGAUGUUGUUUUCUAUCGAAAUCGAUUAUGCCACUUGUGCUAUGACAUUAACAUAUGCUGUACUUAUAGCUAAUGAAUUCAAUGAUACAAUGAAUUGGUUCACUUAGAGUGAGGCUAAGAUGGUUUCGGUUGAAAGAAUUAGAUAAUACUUUAAUAAUCCUUAGGAAUAAUAUGAUAGUGUUGUCAAAAUUAAUCCAUAAGUCCAAUCCAUUAUUAGACAACAAGUACCACCCAAACCAUAAAGUGUUAAUCCAAAUGAAUUUGCUAUUGUUUUCAAUGAUGUCACUAUUACUUAUGAUGAUGUCUUACAAAGCCAAAGUGUUAAGUAUGCUUUAAAGAACUUUUCUCUUUUUAUUAAAAAAGGAGAGAAGGUUGCCUUUGUGGGUAGGACUGGAUCAGGCAAAACAUCAAUUCUAAACAUUUUAUUCCGAUUGUAUGAUUUCUAACAAGGACAAAUAUUCAUAAAUGGUCAUGAUGUAAUUUAUGAAUCUUAUUAUAUUUUAGAUUUAAAACAUGUAAUUGAAAGAUGUGAGAUAAUUGUUAUCAAUAGUGCCUUAAUUUGGAUUCUUGUACAAUGCUACUCUCAGAGAUAACAUUGAUCCUCAAGGAAGAUUAACAGAUCAAUAAAUUGAGCAAGCAUUCAACAAUACACAAUUUAGAAUAAGAGGGAUCAUGGAGGAUUCAAAUAAGACUAAUAGUUCAAGUUUGGAUGAUAGUCAGCAAUCCUCAACUAAUAUUAAUUUCAUGAUUGCUAAAUCUGGAGGCAAUCUAUCAAAUGGUGAAAAAUAGGUUAUCAAUUUUAUGAGGGUCAUCCUAUAAAAUAAGGAUAUUGUUUGUUUGGAUGAAGCCACUUCAAACAUGGAUCCAAAAACAGAUGAAGAAUUACAUAAGACAUUAUUUGAUUACGUCUAAAAUGAUAAUAGGACAUUACUUGUUAUUACUCAUAGAUUAGAAAAUAUUCAAUAGUACGAUAGAAUUGUGGUUCUGGAGAAAGGAGAGAUCGUUGAAUUGGGAUCAUAUGAAGAACUUAUGUAAAUGAAUGGAUGGUUUGUUAGAUUGGUAAAUUAAAAUAAUGAAUGAAUGUAAUAUUUGAAUC